AUGAGGCUCAGACAUAUUGAGAAUCACAUUGAGCAGCAGCUCGCACUCGCGGAAAUUAUAUCUCACUCUUACGAAAACCUUAUUAAAAAUGGAACCGAAAGUAUAACUCCGCAACGAGUAAAAACACGUCUUUCAAUUCUUAAAGAGAAUUGGGAACAGUUUUCUUUGGAACAUAAAGCUAUUAACCUAGCGGUCUCAGAGCUUACAGAAUUGGAUAAGAAUGCUAUAAAAGUUAAUCCUUAUUUUAUCAAAAAUCUGUUCAUCUCAACUCACGAAUGUUAUUCGGAGUCUAUUGAAAAAUUAAGUUUAUUGCUUGAACCAGAUCAAGGAAGUAUGCCUAGAACAUCGUCUUCUCAAUCUAUAUCGUUAACGUCUUUCAUUCCGUCAACCAACACAUCUACGUCGACGUCUUCCGCGACGCUUACUUGUCAUCACCGGACACGGCUUCCGCGACUAGAUUUGCCUAAAUUUAAUGGUACCCGAUCUGAUUGGUUAAACUUUAAAGGUUUAUUUUGUUCCCUAGUAUUAGAUAAUCCGACUUUAAGUCUAGUUGAAAAACUACAGUAUUUAAAAUUAAGUCUAAUUGGCCCUCCUGCACUCUUGUUGAAAAACACCUCCUUAGUCGCGGAAAAUUUUCAAAAAGCCUGGGACUCGCUAGUUGCUUAUUAUGAAAAUACAAGAUUAUUAUUGGACUCUGCUUUACAAUCUUUAUUCGAUAUUAAACGCAUGACGAAGGAGUCGGCCGGUGAGUUAGAAAAAUUGUAUACUCAUGUGACUCAAAUCUAUAGAACUUUAGAGACAUUACAGAGACCAGUCUCUUAUUGGGAUGACUUCCUAGUAUUUCUCGUUGUACAAAAACUUGAUUCCGAAUCGUUAAAACUUUGGGAACAACAUCUAGGUUCACGGAAAGAUCCCCCCACGUGGAAGGAGCUUUACGAUUUUCUUGUUGCCCGCUUGCUUACGUUAAAAGCAUGCGAGAAAAAACAAACGACGAAAAACGUCUCUUCGCCGGUUCAGAGUUUCUUACGUUCCCACUAUCAAGGAAAAUCAAAAAACAUCACGACUCCCAAUGUUAAAUGCCCUAUUUGUUCUGAGAUCCAUUAUGUAGUGGCCUGUCCCACUUAUUCGUUAAAGACUGUCCAACAGCGACUAGCCCUUAUUUCUAAGCAUAAAUUGUGCUUCAACUGUUUGGGAUCUCAUCGGUCAGCCGAAUGUCGUAACGUGAAACGUUGUCGGAAAUGUGGUGCUAAACAUCACACGUCAAUUCAUCCAGGAAAAUCUCAAGAAACCAAGACUAUCACACCCGCGUUGAAAUCCAAGGAAAUCGAUGUUGUUAAAGCUACAACGGCAGUAGUUAAGAUUCUUUCUCACAAAGGAGAAAACUUUAAUGCAAGAAUACUCAUCGAUCAAGGAUCUGAGAUAUCCCUUAUCACGGAACGACUUGUACAACGACUUAGGUUACCACGGAAUCAUUCUCGUUUACUUAUUAUCGGAAUUGGAGAAAAACCUAAUGCAUCUAAAGGUCAAACUUCGUUUACACUAAAACCUUGUUACAACUCAGCCUUUAAAUGUACCGUGUCUGCUCAUAUUUUGCCAAAGAUCACUGACUUUAUCCCGUCGUUGGUUGUUGAGAAUCAGGGUUGGACACAUUUAAAAGGAUUACAGUUAGCAGAUCCAAAUUAUCUGUCACCAGGUCCAGUAGACAUACUAGUAGGAGCAGAUACUUAUGGAAAAAUUAUCGACAAAGGUCUUAUUAAAGGUCCUUCGGAUACUCCCAUUGCGCAGCUUACAAAAUUUGGUUGGAUAAUUUCAGGACCUACGCAAUCGAAUUUGAAAACAGUAAAUACACGUGGUUUUCACGUCUUUGUCGAGGAAAAUCUCUACAAUCUUCUCCAUCGGUUUUGGGAAUUCGAAGAAAUUCCGUCAACGAAAGUUUCAACCCUUUCCGCUGAGGAACAAGCGUGUGAAAACCAUUUUAAAUCUACCCACACUAGAGACAGAGACGGAAGAUAUAUAGUGAGACUGCCCUUUAAAUUAUCGACUGAAAAACUUGGAGAUUCUCAAACGAAAGCUGUUCGACUAGUUAAAAGAUUAUUUAGUCAAUUUGAAACUAAUAAGGAUUAUGCAUCUGCUUAUUCAGAGUUCAUUGCGGAAUACGAACGUCUAAAUCACAUGCAACUAUGGUCAACACCUGAUUCAGACUACUUAUCCUAUUAUCUUCCACACCACGGGGUAUGGAGAGAGCAAAGUAUCACUACCAAACUACGAGUAGUGUUUAAUGCUUCGAGUCCAUCUUCUUCGGGAUAUUCACUUAAUGACUUACUUCAUACCGGUCCUAAACUACAAACUGAUUUGUUUGAUGUACUCAUAUAUUUUCGAUUAUUCCAUUAUGUCUUCUCCACUGACAUAGAAAAGAUGUUUCGUCAAGUGAAGAUGCAUCCUGAUGAUUGGAGAUUUCAACGUAUACUCUGGCUCGAUCAUAUGAAUGAACUUCGUACUUACCAACUCACAACAGUCACAUAUGGAUUAGCUUGUGCUCCAUAUCUAGCAUUACGCACUUUACAACAGCUUGCAGAAGACGAAGGUUCACGUUUUCCUCUAGCGAUUACAUCCUUAACAAAGGGACGUUAUGUAGAUGACAUUUUUGGAGGAGCUGACUCGAUUGAGCAAACUAAGGAAAUCGUUACUCAACUUAACCAACUUUGCAUGGCGGGCGGCUUUAACCUUCAAAAAUGGUCAAGCAAUCAAGUAGAAGUAUUAACCGAGAUCCCUGAAAAGAAUCGGAUUGCACAUUUUACGGUUAAUAUCAAAGAUAACGUAGCUGUAAAGACUCUCGGUUGGGAUGAUCCUUUACCAGAAGCCCUAGCAUUAAAGUGGACGAAUUUUGUAAUGAGUCUCCAAGACACUCCUCGUCUUACGUUCCCAAGAUGGAUCGGAUACAUGUCUGAUCUAAAAAUUGAGUUACACGGAUUUUGUGACGCGUCUCAACAAGCAGUGGCAGCGGUUGUUUACAUACGAACUGAAAAUCAAAAUAGAGAAAUAAAAACUGCGUUAUUAUGCUCGAAAACAAAGGUAGCUCCAUUGAAGAAGUUGACGAUACCUCGAUUGGAAUUAACAGGAGCAGUGUUACUAACCAAGUUAGUUUCACAUGUGUUAAAAGUACUAAAUCUAAAAAACGUGCCCCUUCUCCUGUGGACUGAUUCCACAAUCACCUACACGUGGCUGAAUCACCACCCUUAUCGUUGGAAGGAUUUUGUUCAUAAUCGAGUCUGUUACGUACAAGAAGUUUUGCCUCAAGCAGUAUGGAAGUUUGUCCCAGGAGUUGAGAAUCCAGCAGAUCUUGCCACACGAGGUUUAACCCCCAACCAACUGUCACAGAUGUCGUCAUGGUGGACAGGACCACACUGGCUCACUUUAUCACCUUCAAGUUGGCCCACGGUAGUUCCAUCACAUUCUUUCGAAAAAGGGUCCUUGGAAGAAAGACCUACUAAAGUGACCUCAAAUACUAUCAACACUGUUCACUUGUGGGAUCUAAUAAACCGAUACUCUAGUUUAAUGAAAUUGUUACGAAUCACAGCAGUAUGUAAGCGUGCUAUAUCUUGUUUUAAGAAAAAACCGGAUUCGUCUCUGUCAAGCCCACUUUCAACUACGGACUUGGAAAACGCGAGGCUAUUUUGGGUCAAGCUAAUUCAACAAUCCUAUUUCAGUCAACAAAUUAAACUCCUUUCAAGAGGACUUUCUUUGUCCGCUUCUGAUCCACUCUUAAAAUUGACUCCUUUUCUCGAUUCUUCAGGACUUCUACGAGUGGGAGGUCGUCUACAAUAUUCACUACUACCCUCCUCAACAAAACAUCUACUAAUCCUACCGAAGGAGUCGCCAUUAUCAACCCUAAUUAUCGCCGAUGCUCAUUCUCGUACUCUACAUGGAGGUACGCAACUCAGUCUUAAUUAUAUCCGAAAUGAUUAUUGGAUAGUAGGCGGAAGAGUUCCUGUACGUGCAUUUAUUCUCAAAUGCGUUAGAUGUACUCGUUAUAGACAAAAGCGAGCUCAACAGUUAAUGGGACAACUCCCUGUGGAAAGAGUUACACCAACUCGCCCAUUUCUUCAUUCUGGUGUCGAUUACGCUGGACCCUUUGUAUUGAAAACGUGGAAAGGACGGAAUCCUCGCACUUACAAAGCUUAUAUUGCUCUAUUUGUUUGUCAUUCUACUUCAGCAGUUCAUUUGGAACUAGUUACAGAUUACUCUGCCGAAACCUUUAUUGCCGCAUUCAAAAGAUUUACUGCAAGGAGAGGAAUAUGUUCUACAUUAUCGAGUGAUUGUGGUACGACGUUAAAAGGAGCCGAUGCGGAACUGCAAAGACUGUUCAUCAAGACCACGCAAGAAUCAGAAAAAUUAGCGACAUUACUGGCGAACGACGGAACUCAAUGGAAUUUUAACCCCCCCGCAGCACCUCAUUUCGGAGGAAAGUGGGAAGCAGGAGUUAAGUCCGUCAAGUACCAUCUUCAUCGAGUGAUCAGAGAUACGUCUCUUACAUAUGAGGAAUUGUACACACUUCUUACUCAGGUGGAAGCUACAAUGAAUUCAAGACCUCUUAGCGCACUCUCUGAAGAUCCCGAAGAUCUUAACGCUUUGACUCCUGGACAUUUUAUCAUGGGUUGUGCACCAUCCUUAAUUCCUGAACCAUCGCUGGAAACCGUGAAAUUGUCACAUCUUUCGAGAUGGCAACUCAUCCGUCAAAUGUUGGACAGUUUCUGGACUCGGUGGUCGAAAGAAUGUCUCCAACGUUACUACGCACGAUACAAAUGGAACAAAGUAGUUCCAUCCUUGACUGUUGGGAAUUUAGUUCUCGUAGUUGAUGAACGGUACCCACCAGCAAAAUGGCCAUUAGGACGCAUUAUUCAAACUCAUGAGGGUAAAGACGGUCUAACUCGAGUUGUCACUGUACGUACUCAGACAUCUAUUUUAAAGAGGCCUAUCGUGAAGGUGUGCCCACUACCGAUAGACGUACCCACUCUGUAA